CAUGACAUUUCAAAUUUGGUGACAUCCACAACUUGCUUAUAGUGCCUACGAUACUAGAUUUUAAUUUUAAAUUUGAAAUUUAUAUUUUAAAUCUAUCUACUUUAAAACAAUGUCGAAAAGAAGUCAGCCAAGCUGGAAGCCGCCAGCGCGACAGGAUAGAAACCCUGUUUUAAAGCUAUACAAUAGUCUUACACGGCAAAAGGAAGAAUUCAUUUGCUCAAAUGGAAACCGCAUCAAUUGGUACAGCUGUGGCCCUACAGUUUAUGAUGCCUCUCAUAUGGGUCAUGCAAGAUCAUAUAUAUCAUUUGAUAUUUUAAGACGGGUGCUAUGUAACUAUUUUGGUUAUGACAUACUAUUUGUAAUGAACAUUACAGAUAUAGAUGAUAAGAUUAUUAAAAGAGCUAGACAAAAUUAUUUAUAUGAGAAAUACAUUGAAGAGGAUAGAAGUUUAGGUAAUUUGUUGAAUGAUGCUACAACAGUUUUAUCUUACUAUGAAGAAGUUGUAAAUAAUACAGCUGAUCAAGAUAAAAGGAGUAGCUUACAAAAGCUUUUAGAAAAUGUUGCUAAGGCAAUAAAUGAAUUGAAACUUGCAGUUGAAUCUAAAAAUGAAGAAAAAAUAUCUUUAGCUAAGAAUGAAAUGUUAAAAUCAGCUAAAGAUCCUUUCUCUGAAUGGUUGGAUGGUAAAUAUGGUGCUGAAGUUAAGGACAAUGCAAUAUUUGCAAAAUUGGCAAGAUAUUGGGAGAACGAGUUCCAUAAAGAUAUGAAGGCACUUAAUGUAUUGCCUCCAGAUAUAUUGACAAGAGUUAGUGAAUAUGUACCACAAAUUGUUACAUUUAUACAAAAAAUUAUUGAUAAUGGUUUAGCAUAUGAAUCGAAUGGUUCAGUAUAUUUUAAUGUCAGUGCCUUUGAUAGCAAUGACAAGCAUCAUUAUGCACGGCUCGUCCCAGAGGCAUAUGGGGAUACUAAGAGUUUACAGGAAGGAGAAGGUGACUUGAUGGAUGAGAAUGCUGAAAAAAAAUCUGCAAAUGACUUUGCGUUGUGGAAGCGUAGUAAGACCGGUGAACCUUCAUGGGAUUCCCCUUGGGGAAAAGGUCGACCAGGUUGGCAUAUUGAAUGCUCAGCCAUGGCUGGUGACGUUUGUGGGUCCAAUUUAGAUAUACACACUGGGGGUGUGGAUUUGAAAUUCCCACAUCAUGAUAAUGAGCUGGCUCAGAGCGAGGCACACUUUGAUAAACCAGGUUGGGUAAACUAUUUCCUUCACACGGGUCAUUUAACCAUAGCUGGGUGUAAAAUGUCGAAAUCGUUCAAAAACUUCGUCACAAUAUCAGAUGCGUUACAACGCCACACAUCUAGACAAUUGCGAAUCGCCUUUCUGUUGCACGGAUGGAAGGAUACCCUGGAUUACUCUGAUAACACCAUGGAAAUGGCUAUCCAAACGGAAAAGUUGUUUAAUGAAUUUUUCUUAACAGUGAAAGACGCUUUGCGCAGUGGUUACGAUGAUGGCUGUGGAGGCUGCUGGGACGAGUUUGAGCAGCAGCUUUCCAACAAACUCACUUCGGUUAAAGCACAAGUCCACGCCGCUUUGUGUGAUAACAUAGAUACCCGCAGCGCAGUAGACGCGUUACGCGAGCUGGUUGGGGCGUGUCACGUGUACUUGAGACAGACGACUCCGAGGCCGUCGCCCCUUCUCGCCUCCGCCGCGAGAUACGUCACAGACAUAUUGCAUACAUUCGGGGCCAUCGAAGGGCCUAGGGGCCUCAUUGGGUUCCCUGUGGGAGAUGCUAAUAAUGCCGGCGUGGAGGAAGCAGUGAUGUCCUACCUAGAAGCUCUGAGCACGUUCCGCGGUAACGUACGCGACGCGGCCCGUACGGCCGGCGCGACGGACGUACUCGCACUCUGCGACGCACUCAGAGAUGUUGUUUUACCAGAAUUGGGAGUGCGGCUUGAAGAUAAACCAGAUCGCACAAUCGUCAAGCUGGUAAGCAAAGAAGAGAUUGCGCGGGAACGAGAAGAGAAGAAGAGGAUCGAAGCAGAGAAACAAAGAAAAAAGGAAGAGCUAUUGAAAGCUCAGAAAGCGAAGGAAGAACAGAAGAAGAUACCGCCGCAAGAGAUGUUCCGACGGGAAACUGACAAGUACUCUCAGUUUGAUGAUAAGGGCCUUCCGACCCACGAUAUAGAAGGCAAGGAAGUCAGCAAAGGCGCUUUGAAGAAACUGCAGAAACUCCAGCAGGCUCAGGAGAAGAAAUAUAAUGAAUAUAUCGCUUCAAUUAAAAGUUAAUUUAAUGUAUUUUAGCUUAAUUAGGCAUUUAUUCCGUGUAUUAUUAAAUUGUAUUAUUUUGUGUUCACUUAUUAAAACGAUAUUUAGCUAUAA